AUGGCAAUGAAUCCCCUAUCAUGUCUUGCGUUGUCGUUUUUUCUUCUUUCCAUUAUCUUCACCAGAUACCGAAAGAAUCUUUCAUCGUUAUGGCGCACAAAACAUGCCCAAGAACCGGGUUGCAAUGAUCUCAAGAAGAUGGCUCCUUAUCCGGCCCAGCCAAUCAAGGGCAGGGAGAGGUACCGAGUUAUGAUGGACGUUCGGAAAUUGGACGUGGAGAACUGGCUCACCGUUGACAAGAACUAUAUGGACGAGCACGAAGUUAGAAGCCAAUUGCUGGAGACAGAGAAGAGCAAGGUCCUCCAAUGCCUCCCCGAGUCAUACGAUGCAUGCUUAGAGGCAUUGGAGGAGGUAGUUGAAUUCCUCUGCCAGCGAUUCUCCAAUGUGUUCCACCAGAAAAAGUGCGGCGAUGAAACGACUGUGCACAACAAGAUGACCGGAGAGACAUUUUGCUUUGGAGGGAAGAACAAAGACGUCGAUCCCCUAGAAAUCGCCGUCAGACUGACGAUGGAGGACCUGAGUAUACUGAUGAAAAACGAGGAGGACGAGUACUAUCUCGCCGCCAGUGCAAGCCUUUUCCCCGUUGGCUGGACAGUUCAAGACCGCAUUGGGUGGACCAUCUCCAAGCUUCACAACCCGGUACCACUGUGGCAUCAGCAGGUUGCCAAUUCAGUCAGCAAAUUCUUGGCUCGGCUCACACCGGCAUCGCCCAUGGAAAGAUCCAACUACUUCGUCGAAGUGAAGCGGCCCGAUGAAGAUUUAUUUGAGAUCCUCUAUCGACCAACUUCUCUAUCUGAGGAGAAUCCGGAUCCAACGCCGCAAGAUAUUGUUAUUCGUCGCGAGCGGCAAACUUUCCGUCGACUCCCUCGUACCGGAGCACUCGUCUUUGGUGUCAAGACCAUCUUGACAACUCUGGACGAGCUGCCGAUGCAGGAACUGCAAAACCUUGCGAAAGAGAUUAAAAGCUGGCCAGAGUAUGUGGGUGAAUACAAGGGAAGAGAGGUCUGGGGCCCUAAGGCUCUGGAGUACUGUGAAAAGAAAAGCCGAAUGUAUCAACAAGACCCUGAAAAGAUGAUGGUGUAA